CCCGUCGUUUGCCCACUAGCCCCUCAAUCAACCAAACCCACCCCCAUCACUCCUUCAAAAAAUGGUCCAACUAAUCCUCCCAACAACCCUCCCCUCCUCCCACUCCUCCUCCUCCUCCACCACCACCCCACCCGCAUGGACACUCAUAGAACUCCAAGGCUCCCUGCACACCCAACAACACGAAUCCAGCGACAAGGACGACCUCCGCCGGCAUGAUCUGGCCGGGGCGCCGUUGGGGCGGUGGCGGAUUUCCCAGAAUGGUAAAACAACGUACCUGGAAAUCGGGCACCACCGUCUCGAGGGCCAGCGGGUCCCGCUCAAGAACCCUAUUGCUGUGCUUCAGAAGCAUCUACCGAGUGAUAUCCCACCUCUCAAGGAUGAAGACGACGCCGAGGUGAUGGAUAUCGACGAGGAUGAUGUGGAAGGCGAUGAGAUGCAACGCACGCCGCCGCCCGCACCGCCUCCGAUCCAUUUGUCGCUUGAGAUGUCGUUGGAUGCCGGGGAGGUAGAGGUGGGGUCGCUGCCCAUGGACGAUGACAACGCUCAUGGUUUAUCUACACCGCCACCAACAACAACAACAACAACAGCAACAACAGCAGCAACGACGAGGGAGAAGAUUCCGAAACAGCAGCGGGAGCUGAAACCGACAUAUAAUGUGGUGACGGUAUUACGGCACAAGUACCUGUUCAAAGCGCGGCCGGAGCAUUUGUUGGCGGAGGAGCAUAAGGGGUUGACCGGGUUGGUGAGGAAGGGGUUGGGGGGUGCGGGGGGUGGCGGGAGGAGGGGGUGA